GACGCACCGGGUUCGCGCCACUUCCGCUUCCGUUCUCGGCUCUGAGGCUGUGGGAAGAUGGCUGCGGCCGUGGUGGCCUCGGCGUUGCCGGUCACCUUCUGGCGGCUGGUGUCUACGUGCGGCCGCAGCGUCCUGAGAGCGUCGGGGCCCGAAGCGGCUUCCCUGUGGUCUGCUUCUCGAAGUUUCAGUUCACAGAGCGCUUCAUUUCCACAAGGAUACGUUCCUAAAACAUCACUGAGUUCUCCACCUUGGCCAGAGGUGGUUCUGCCUGACCCUGUUGAGGAGACCAGGCACCAUGCAGAGGUCGUGGGGAGGGUGAACGAGCUGAUCACCACGGGCCAGUACGGCAGGCUCUUUGCUGUAGUGCACUUUGCCGGCCACCAGUGGAAGGUGACCUCUGAGGACCUGAUUUUAAUUGAAAACGAGUUAGACGUUGCUUGUGGAGAGAGGAUUCGGCUGGAGAAGGUCCUGCUGGUUGGGGCCGACGACUUCACGCUGCUCGGCACGCCGCUCCUCGGAAAGGAUCUUGUUCGAGUAGAAGCCACGGUCAUUGAAAAGACAGAGUCGUGGCCAAAAAUCAGUAUGAAGUUUAAGAAAAGGAAAAACUACAGAAAGAGAAGAAUUACUGUGAACCCCCAGACCGUCCUCCGGAUAAACAGCGUUGAGGUCGCUGCACGUUUGUGUUGACGCCCUGCUGACACUGACAGAAGUGUAAAAAUAAACUCGUUUUCUGAGGAGACCGAGCUUCCGUGUUCUGCUGCAGGAAGGGCUGACGUAAAAAGCUCGGCCCUGUUACAGAUGCAGUAGAUUGAGCGCGCGGCCGUGAGCUCGUGGUUAGUGAGCAACAGCCUCCCUGAUCCAGAGGAGCCGGGAAUUGGGGCGGAAUUACAGGCCUGGCCCUCCCAGGGCCGGAGCCCGGGUGCUUGCGUAAGAGCCAGGCCGCCCUCCAGCCCGCACCGCGGGCGGCAGGACCUCGGGGGCAUGCUGCGGGGACGCAGCUGGGACCCGGGCGCUGAUGCCGGGAGAGACGACCUAGAUUCCACUUCCAGGAGAGAUGGACAAACACAUGGGCAAAUUCCAUGCCCAGUCAUCCGGGGUACCUGUUUCUAGUGACUUGCUUUUCUAAGAAGCUGGGAUUCAAACCAGGCAUUCUGGGCGCAGAGCCUUUGGUUUGCUCCACCGGCUCCGGCAGGGACGGAGGGUCAUGGUGCUGGCCGGGGGCUUUCUGAUCGUGGGUGGCCAGGGUGGGGCCCUGGGGCCUGAGAGCCAGGGCAGCCUGGCACAUUCUGGGAACUGAGUGUGAGAGUACGGGAGCAGAGACACACCAGAGGGGCGAGGGGAGUUUCGAACUUAAUCCUGAAAGCAGCCUCCUGUCCCAGAGGGGUUUGGGGUGGGUCAGGCAGGCAGCUAACACGUGUGAAGGUGGUGCAUGCUUAGCACGCUCUAGGUCCUAGGCUCAAUCCCCAGUACCUCCACUGAAAAAACUUUUUUUUGUUUAAUAAACCUAAUUACCUCCCCUUCCCCCCCAAAAAAAUAAAUAAAUAAAUAAAUUUUUAAAGAAGAGAGGGAGGGAUCCUAGACCCAGACUGGCCAGGGGUGGCAGGCAAAUGGAAGGACUUGGUGGGUGAGUGUGGGGAGGAGGGGGCUCCCAGGCGGCCCAGGCUCCCCGUUCUGUGUCCUUCACAGAGGCCGGGCCUUCCUCCAGGAGUAAUUAGGGCUUUCAAGUGACACAAUGAAACUUUUUAUCAAA